CCGAUUUUAAGGUGAUGUGUACCUACUUCGGGUUACAUGAGCAUUUUCAACAUAACGAAGUCAAGAAGGCGUGCUCGAGAUGUGAUGAGCGGCAAAUGAACGAGGGGUGAGGAAUGCUGAAGGGAUAUUCAAGAGUUGAAGACGGGACGCUCCAUGUGCUCUUGAAAUUGGCAGUAAAGUAUCAGCAUUGCGACUUUUGCAGUGACCGGAUCCAGAGGAUGUACUUGAUCGCACUACUCGAUCGUGUUGUGGCGCAUGCAACCAAGCAUUGCGUGGCCAUGUUGGAGCGUCCUACUGGGGCGUUCGAGACGAUUUGUCGCUGUACAAAGACAACAGUUUGUUGGCGCCCCGUACAUAUUCCAAACUGCAAAAUUUCGCCCUCCGCUCGUCUCAGUUCAUCAAACGUCUUGGAAUGGUUUUUCUGGGAGUUUUGAAAGCCGCUAUGUUGUACGUUGGAAGCGCCUCCAUAAAGGGCAUUCGCGCAUGUUGCGAAGAAGAGCCAUGACGAUUUCCGAGUUGGGGGAAAAAGCAUGUGGGAUUGGCCACUGCACGGACCCGAUGUGGUGCAUCCGAUAUACCUGGUCCUGGUACAUUGUUGAGCAUUCAACAGUCCCAUCGAUGUCGUCACGGUGUCGGGAGCGCAUCGACUCGAGCACUAAAUGACGCAUUCCAAGCACUGGACAAGCACGUCAGUUGGCCAACUAGAUCCUGGGCUGCGUCUUGCAUGUUGUAGCUAGCUGUUUGCCUUGGACGAACGAUGGGCCGAACCAUCUUCGCCCAGCGCUCCUUGGCGCCCGUGUGAUUUCUCCGACGUGAUGGACCCGACGUCCAAUGCG